AUGUCAACUGAAAAUGAUUUAAUUUUAGCCAUCGAAGAAACUUUAGAAUCUGAUGGAACGUUAGGAAAAUUCAAAGCAAAAAUGAGAACAAAAUUAAUGGAAAUAUUAAGAAAUCAAGAUAAUAAUAGUAAACCAAAGUUAUCAAAGGAAUUAGUUAUUUUAAACGAAUUGAUUAGAGAAUAUCUAAAUUGGAGCGGAUACCAGUAUGCAAAAUCUGUUUUCAUUCAAGAAUGUGGUUUAGAUAGAGAACCAUUAUCAAGAUCACAAUUAUUAGAAGAAUUAGGAGUGAUUGAUUCGGAAGAAUCUUCUAAAUAG